AUGGUGGUGGAACGAGUUUCUACCGCCGAAUACCUCGGUAAGUGGCACGUUGAUGCUGUCCAUGCUCAUCGCCAUCCAGGCCGAGUGCGGGCCGCAGCGGCGCGCAGGACCUCAGAGAAGCUCUACAAGCGUCUAGUUAAGUAUGGGCGCGGAUACGAGGUUCGUCCGGAGGAGGAUAUCCCGGGAAGUCGCGUUCUGCUCGGCGAGUUGCUGCUCGUCAGCUUCGUCGAGCAGUGCAACUCCGGAGGCUCCGCUGAAGACAUGAUGGAACAGUUCCACAACAAGUGCCUGCACGAGAUAUCUCAGACGGGCUACCUUCUGUCCUACGCGCAGCCGUACAACCUGCCGCCUCUGAUGACGAUCCAGAACCUGCGGAGGUUCGGCAGCAGCCACAGCCUGAGUGACCUGUCGCCGUGCUCCCCUCAGGCCACCGGGUCGCCGACUAGCCGCUCUCCCAGCAGGGUGGCGAGUCCAACCGCCCCCCUAAACAUAAGCGAGGUCGACGUCGACGCGUCGACGCGCAUGACCAUAGGGGAGUUUAGGGACAAUGAGGCCAACGUAGGCCAGUCGCCACGCAGUGUCGCAGAAAAUGACAUGAGCGAUGCGGCCAUGAUGGCUGCAACACGUCCCACCGUCCAACGACAAGUAAGCAGCAUACCGUUCGGGGCCGAGAGCGCAGAAGUGUUCUACGGCCCGGCGCAAUACUCCAAGUCGCCGCAAAGGCUGCUGGAAACAAUCGGCCAUACAUCCGCUCAUUUGCGCGUGUGGGACUCCCGAGAGCUCGAGAGUGUUGUUCCACGAAACUGCACUGUGCUUUGGAAGUCGAGAAUCGCAACCUUGUUCACCAUCGCAGCUUCCUUUUGCGGCGAUGGGCAUGUCUACACCUGUACCCAGUGCAAGCAGCUGCUGAGGGUCAUAAGCUCAUCCUUCCCUUGGAGCUUGACCCUGCUUAUGCGGUGUAUGAAACGCAUCGAUCACCUGGAGACAGUGUACAGCCAAAUGUUCCACCGGCUGGUCCGGCUGUACAGCAAAGGCGACGCGCUGACGGGCACCUAUUACGCACAUGUGGCAACCGGCAUUGCCUACACGGUGGACACUCCAGCGCUGGUCGAAACGGAGCCGAAGACGCUUGUCCAUAUCCUUGCAGGGUGGCUGGCGGAUCGGCGCAUUCACAGAUUCAUCGAGCCCUAUCCAAGCAUCAAGCUGCACAAGAUCCUGCUGGCGGCCAUCAUGAAGCUGGGCCCCUCAAGUACCACCAUGCGUGUCGACCGUGAGCACCUAGAGUUGUUAAGAGGCGCCGUCGUGUCGUUCAUGCUGGGCUUUGGGAUGCACGUGCUGGAGGACAUCUGCAAAGCAGGGCGCAUAUCAUUCGACAAGUACACCACGCAGGGAGUAAGGUACUCGUACCGCCUGAAUCUGCGGCUGCGUCAGCUUAGGUGCAUGGUGGAGGAGUACGUCAGGGUGGCAGCGCCGUUCGCGCAGAAGGCCAGCGAGGCGAGGAUGAUCGUCGCGCCCUUCCUGGGCAACCCCGAGCUAUACAGGUGGCUGUUGUCGAUGAACUUCUCGACAUGGUCAAGUGAAGAACAGCGGAUGCAGUGCAGGUUGGCAAUUGUGGUGCUCUACCUGGUGGCGGUGAACCACCAACAUCCGUACGUACGGUCUGAGGACAUCAGGUUUUUGAGGAAAUUCCACUGCCUACCAUGGGCGUCUGCGAUCUCCUUCUGCUGCAAGGAUCCGGCCAUCAACCACAUGGUCGCGCCACUGACCAGCGCGCUUGUUCAGUGUCUGGGUGAGGGGGCGGUGCUCAACCUGGUGUCGGGCGACACCGUCGUAAGCAUGUUGAACGAAGUUAUGAUGAAGGUCUCGACAGGGGAGAAGGAGCUCCACGGGUAUCGCGAAUUGAAGCUGGAAUCGAUUGUGCCAUUGGAGCGCACGACGGUGUACACGCCGUUGCGUAUACUGUGGCCAAAAAUCAUGAGCAAGGUACUCGGUCACACAGUGAGACGCAUGUCGCUGCCACCGAUGCUCUACUAUUCGGUAGCUCACCUGAUGCGGAUCAUAUGGGAGCAUCACGACCCGCAGGAAGGGGCGAAUGCUGCAAUCGUCCACGUCAACAACGAGCAGGGGCGGUUCAAAAAGUUUUACAACGAAGCCAGAAAGCAAUCAUUGGAAGUACAUUGGUCGAUAUGCCAUCUCAACAUGCUGUACUCAAUAGAAAGCACGCUCUUCGACUCGGCGUUCUUGGACAGCAUCAUAUACAACUACGUUGUGGAGCGGGACCCCGCAUCCAGCCCAAGGCAGAAAAACGCGCUCAUGCUGUUCUGCAAUGAGACCAAGGGCGCUGAUAUGCAGAAACUCUUCUCGUCCAACUAUAUCGCACUGCACCAAAACCCCAUCAACGUGCUGCUGCGCAUGCCCAAGAAAGCGGUCCUGAACUCGUUCGCGCUCAGGGCGUUCCCCAAUAUGCUGCUGCAACUCUUCCACAGCCUCUACAAGUACGUCUGUUACGGGUUAUCCAGCUUCAACGUUCACCGGAAAACACAACUGGAGCUCACUCACAUAAACGCCCUGCAGGAGGCAGCGGCGCUCAACGUGAUCCUGGAUAUGCUGCCAGAAAAACUGACUCGAACAGUUGAAAUCAACAUCUCAAGCUUCCUGUGGAUGCUGAGUUCAAGGGCGACCUUCACCGAUGACGUCAUCGCAUCCAGUGGCCUCCCGCCGAAUAAGAUUCUGUUAUGGCUAAACCUCGGUGUCCCAGAGGAGAGAAGGUUUGAGAAGGUGGCCGAGCGGUUCAACGUGGCGGCGGAAAAUCUCCUCAAAUCUACCGCCGUGAACCCCAACGGCACGGGGGAGAACAUCACCAUCAUACCUUCUAAGGACGGGCGGACAACGUGUCUAGAGCCGUACAGCGCGGGGGAUGUGGCGACCUACCACCUGUACACAGUGCUGCUGCAGGUGAUGGAGAUGCCGGAGCUUUCAAAGACACCGGCAAAUAUCGCAGAAGAUGCCAAUGCGCAGCGCUUCGCGUGGGUGAUCGACACCUACUGGCGGUGCUUGCAGAAGGCUAACUUGCGCAACUCCGUGCUGGAGUUCAUCAAGAGCUCAAUAUCAAUCGUGCUUCGCCUGCACUACCUGUGUCCCUGGAUGGUGAACAAGUCUACAGAUCAAUUGCAAACAUGGAUACACACCGACCGCAGCUGCGAGCCGGAGCUGCAAGAGUUCACGAAGUAA